UCAGUAGCAUUUUUCAGUUCAGUUGAAGUUGAUACCUGCAUUCGUGAAGAGGCCAAAGCUGAUUGUGUUACUCCAUCAAAUUCCGGUGGAUUGCAGAACGGUUAUGGAGUAUCUCCGGGUCAGUCGUUAACAAUGCAAGAUAGUCUUGACAGAACUGGAGGAUCUAUGAAGUUGUGA